AUGCUGGGCCCCCGCGGCGUGACGCGAGCACGGCAGCUCCGCCCCCUGCGUCUCUGGCCUCGCCGGCCUUGGGGGGAUGGUUCCAUCAUGGCGUCAAUGCAGAAACGAUUGCAGAAAGAACUGUUGGCUUUGCAAAAUGACCCACCUCCCGGAAUGACUUUAAAUGAAAAGAGUGUUCAAAAUUCAAUUACACAGUGGAUUGUAGACAUGGAAGGUGCACCAGGUACCUUAUACGAAGGAGAAAAAUUUCAACUUCUAUUUAAGUUUAGUAGUCGAUACCCUUUUGACUCUCCUCAGGUCAUGUUUACUGGUGAAAAUAUUCCUGUUCAUCCUCAUGUUUAUAGCAAUGGUCAUAUCUGUUUAUCCAUUCUAACAGAAGACUGGUCCCCAGCGCUCUCAGUCCAAUCAGUUUGUCUUAGCAUUAUUAGCAUGCUUUCCAGCUGCAAAGAAAAGAGACGACCACCAGAUAAUUCUUUUUAUGUUCGAACAUGUAACAAGAAUCCAAAGAAAACAAAAUGGUGGUAUCAUGAUGAUACUUGUUGAUGCCACUGUUAUCAUCCUCCUAGCAGAAGAUAGUCCUACUGAGAAAAUGAGCACUUUGAUCAUUCAGUCUUUGAACUUUAACCUUUGACUGGAAGUGACCUAUAGGCAAUGAAGACUACUUCCUUUUACUGCAUUUUUACUCGUGUGCAUUCUGGGCGCAUGUUGAUCGCUGGUUCAGUCCAGGCAACUGACAUGCUUUUAUUAGUCAUACAGUAUUAAUGCAGGUGUCAGGAAAUGUCAAAUAUAAUUCCAUUUUUUAUUUUUAUUUUUUUAAGCUUUUGGAAAAGUUCCAGGUCCUCAUGUAUUGUGCAAUAACAAUGACUUCCUUGGCGGUUUUGGGACGUUCAUUGCCGGCAAUGGACGUUUAACAGGAAAAAUUUUCAUUAACUCCUGCCACCCAAUGAUUAAUGCAUGAUAGGGCCUAUGAAAUGAACUUAUUGGUUAUAGUGGGAUUAUAAAUAAAGUGAGGGAUCCAACAUUACCUUGAAAGUCACCCCAACUGUUUAUAUUUGGAUUCUAUGCACUGUGAUCCUAAGGUUAACGGCAUGAAUUAACAUGCGUCUUUAAAGGACUGUAAUGAAAGAUCAUUGCGUAUUUAUUGAAUUGUUUAUAUCUGCUGUCAAAUUGUUUUGACAUGGAAGGUUUUCAAGUAACAUUGGCAGAGAGGUACAAUAUGUUAUCCCUAUGGUGAAAAUAAAUUCAUUUGUUGUAUAUAGUUCCUCAAUAUCUGAAGUAAAGGUAUGAGUAAUAUAGGGUAUGAAUGGUUUAAUCAAGGCUUUAUUUUGGAAGUAAGAAAAAUGGCAGUGAUGAUUCAACUGCUGCAGUCCAUAAUUUGGGCUUAUUUGUACAUUAACAGUUUUUCCAAGUAGAUUACACUCUGUUACUUCCUGCUAGCCAUCAGCAUGAGCCCUACUGCCUAAACACUAUUUCAUUUAUUUAUGUUUGGAAAAUCCAUAAACAGUUUUUGUUUGCAAUUUUGUUUCUUCUGUUAUGUUUUAAGUCAAGAUUGAAUGUUACAGUACUUCAAUUGGAAAAUUUUUGUCAAGUUUUUUCCUGUAAAUUUUCUUUACUUGUAAGUAUCAUUAUGUCCUUUAAUCCUGUACCCUAAAAUAAGAAAUACAUUUUUGACAGAGGCUUAAUGUUUUAACAAAAGAGUGUGGACAUUUUUAUUUUAAAAUUUAGGCAAAAGUACACUAUAGAAUGGUAUGUUUGCUUAUUUGUCUCACACAACCAUACAAUUUUUCCUGGAGGGAUUAGUUUUGUUUUCUUGUUGUUUAAAAGACUUUGCUUACAGCUAGAUAAAGUUUUCUAUAGAAAAAAAUUGUUGAAACGUCCAAUUCUCAGUACCAUGUAAGUUAAUGAUACUGCAACUAGGUUCUCUUUUUAAAAAGCGAUUAUGUAUUUUAUAAAUUACCUUUUCACAUAUGCAAAAAUCUGUUUCUACUACAAUGUUAUUUUUACUAAUGCCUGUUGUUGCACUCUUUUUGACAUAUCCUGCAGUGAAUAAAUAUAUGAAUCAAUUUGGGCUUAAAAGUAAAAGCCAAUUGGCUGAAAGGUUUGAAGUAUGUACCCCAGCAAAACCAUCCAAUCAAUAAUUGGCGAGGAGUAUUUUCAAAAUUGUUUUUAAUCUCUGUAUAGAUGACAUUUUGUAGCUUUGUACAUGUUGUUAAUUAAGGGCAUAUAAUUUUACACUCUAAAAGUAUAAUUGCUGAACUCAGGGGUGGGUAGACUUCAAAAAUAUGUCUGCUGUAGAAAUAACUUGAAAAACAAAUUAAAACUAUGGCCAGCCACCAAAUUGUGGACACUGUUUAUACUAUAGUUAGCAACUACCACUUUUUGAAAUUAAACACAUUUUUGCUCUUUCUUCACUAGAUACACCUAAGUUCUCACAGUAGUUUCUAUCAGUCUUAUUAGUUGCCCUGUUUAACCAAGACAAAAAAUGUUUUUGGGAAUGCUUGAGCUACUCUUAGUUUUUAACUGCUUUUUAAUAUGAAAAUUGCAGUGACAAAUUAUAUAUUUUUCAUAUUUUACACAACUCCAAACUGAUUGACUUGAUCAUUUGUGGGGGUGGGGGAGUCUUUCUCCAUAAUGCUGGUCCUCUUACUAAAAUUCUUUUAUAAAGAAAUGACCUGUGACAUUUAUUCACCAAAGGAAUUAAUAUACCAGGUCAAAGAUGAACAAUGCUGUCCUGUAGAUUAAUAGGUGGUAUAUAGCCUCAGUUGAGUUUUGUAAAAUAAAAAUAGCAGUAUUUUAAGAUACCUCUCUCUCUACCUAGAGAUAUCAUAAAAUAAAUUAAAAUGAAGCAGAGGAAAGUAAAGGAAACCAAAUAAUUUCAGUACACUUUACGGUUUAAAGAGAAGGUGAAAUAUCCUAAAAUAUAGAAAUACCAAUCAUUCAAAAUUUGCAAUAAGAUAACACUUUAUUCGUUACAUUACUCCCUUGAACUUAGGAAUUAUUGGAAACUCCUUUGCACUUAGAUUUAAUUAAGUUGAUUUUAAAUGUAAGUUACAUUAUUAAAAGACAUAAGAUGUUUACUUAAGUCAUUGAUCUAGAGAGCAAAAUUAAUGACUUUGUAAUAAUAAACUAUUUCUCUGUAACACGUUGUUGAACGACAACCAGAAUACCAAGAAAAUGUACAUAGGAAUAUGCUACUUCCCUCUUCCCUUGCUCUAUGGGGCACUGUCUGCUACAUAGGCCUACAGAAUUAUACUUUCAUAUUUAGACAAUAUGUACUCUCUAUUUAUUUAUUUAUUUAUUUAUUUUAAGGCCAUUCUUCUGGUUUGCCAAAUUCUGUUAAGGCAGUGAUACAUUCAUUUCCUUAUUUUGCAUGUUUAUAUCAUGAACUUGGUGCCCUUUCAAAAAAAAAAAAUAUUAUGUCAAGUAGGUAUUAAUGCCAUAGAUUUUAAUGAGAGAAACGGUUUUCAGUUUUUUAAGAUAAAUUUUUUAAAAUACAUUUUAUGGCUGUUCUCUUAAGGAAUUUAAUAUUCACCUCUAAAGGACUCACUUGUAGUGUAUGAAUUCCUCCUUUUAGCUAGCAGGGACAUAAAGCUUUUUUUAAUCCCCAAAAGAAAAUGCUAAAAAACAGCUUUUAUAUACGGUUCAUCUGGAGAAAGACCUUAAUCCUUAUUUGUUUUGACUAGGUAUAUAAAUAUUUGGUAUAAAAUAACUAGAAUAGUUUAUUACUUUUUCCCUUCUGAAAUUUUAAAUAUAUGCAAAUAUAUAUCAUUAGAUUCCUGUGGUGAAUAAUAAUUUCUUCAGAUUCUAAAACAGGUAUCUAGUGACUGCUUAAUUAUUUCCAGAUUGCAUCAAAGAUGAAUUGACAAAUAAUGGAAAUGAGUAGUGAUAUGAAAAUGGUAUGUAACCACAUAUUACUUGUUUCUGGUAAUCAAAUCUUAUUUUUUAAAAAGCCUAUUGUUUUUGAGAAUUGAGAUAUUUAAACUUGUUACAACUUCUUCCUAAAAAUAGAAGAGAAGAGGAGGUACUGUGUGUUCAAAAAUUUUUUUAAAUAAAGAAUUCAGUGUCACUAGUUCUAAGCCUUUAUGGUCACUGCUGCUUAUAUUUCUUGAUCUCACUUUUAUUUAAUUUUUUUGUACAUAUUCGAGAUGAAUGCUUAGGAUUAUUAAGUGUAUAUAAAUUGGUUUUCUAAAAGAACUGAGGCUUACCCAUAUCUUCUCUAAGGAUUCACUGUUACCAAAAUCAGCUACUGCACGAUUCUGUGUUAUGCUAAUGCCUUUGCAUGAUUAAGAUCUGUGAAGGUGUCUUUUAAUCUGCACCACUUGGCCCAAUCCUCUUUGCAGUCUUGUUUUUCUCUCUCUUCUUUCUUCCUGUCUUCUCACAGAUGUCCACUAUGUCGGUCUUCAGCAGUUUCCCGAAGUUUUCCUCUCCCUCUCCCUUCCUUCCUUCUUUCCUCCUUCCUUUUCUUGAGGUUAGGGAAUCCAGAGAAGGAAGACUAUUGAAAUUACAUCAGAAUUUUUUCUUAAAUAAGAGGACUCCUUCCUACAGAUAAAAUAUGUAGAAUUUCUGAUACUUUAUUUCAGUUCAAGAGUAGGUGGCUAAAUUUAUUGAAUAAUUGACUACUUGAUAAAUGAGCUGUUAAUUGUAAUUUAGUUCUUAAAUACUAAUAUUAAGGGAGUUUUGCUUACUUUUUGGAUGGUGACUCUCCCAAAGUCUAAUUAUUGCCCAAAUGAAUUGAAUUAAUUGUUUUGAUAAAAGUGUUUUUUCCAUUUAAGUUUCUAAGCCAUUUUGAGAUUUGGAACUUUUUUCUUUUUUUUUAAUAAUUUGUGGGAGACUUUAAUUUUCUCAGCAUGAACUGCAUUAAAGACAGGCUUGUAUGCAUCAUUAUCAUUAGAGGCCCGUGGAGUCUACACAUGUACUUCAAACUUUAGAUCUUUAUCUUUAAAGUUGAAGUUCUGGUUCUGACUAUCGUCCUGAUGAUUGAGGUGUUCUCUGUGACUUUAAUUCUCAAAAGUUACUGGGACUGAUAGUUGAGGAUGAAUCUCCAGAAUGGUUAUAUGACUGUUUUAUCAAAAAAUUGUUUAUAAAACAAUAUAAUAUCUGAAGACAUUUUUGAAUAUGUGGAAGGAAAGCUUGACUAGAAGCUGGUAUGUUUUACCAUACCUAAAGAACUGCAGUUGUGCAAGUUGAGUGCAGUUGACAGGGAGAAAGAGAAACUGUUCUUGUUCUAUUUCUUGGUGCAUACUUUGUCAGGGUUUUGUCAAAAGUUUGCUUCUGCAGUAAUUCUAAGCAGUUUUCUCAAAGGCAAAGCAUGGUUCUGGGCUUUGGCUUGUUAGGUGUGGCCGCACUUGUCAAAUUUCCUGGUAAAUGGAAAGAUUGAAUAAUCCCACCUCUCUAAUUCUAAAGCCUGAAACAAGACUAGUGAGGAAUGUGGUAGAAUGUCAGAUACCAUGAAUAUAAAUGCGAGUCUCUUAAUAGUUAACCACAGAUUAUUUACAUAAAUGCAAAUUGAUUGUCAUUCUCGGGGUAAAAUCAUUAAUCGAACAGAUUAUCAUGUCAGUUAUCUGGUAGCCAAGAAUUAAGUCCAUGUUCAAGUUAAAGUGGAUUUGUUGUUUUUAGUUGGUACCAUUUUUCUCUCAAUAUUCAGAAAUACAGAUUGUGCAUUUUAUUAAUAGGAACGGAAGCUCAUGCUUGAGGAUUUGAAUAGGGUGGAUGUAUAUAUUUUAUAAAUUCAAGUUGUAAAAUAUGUAAAGCUGCUGCUUUUUGAAUAGAAUAUAAAUGUUAAGACAUAAAUCUAUAUAUUAUAUAUUUUUAAAUACAUGUACCAAACUUUUGUUAGUUGAAUAUAAAUUACAUUGUGUGCUUUAUGGAAUUCAGUAACUUUUAAUAAUAAAGCAGUUGUCAUUGAUUUUUUUUUAUGUAGACUUGAAUAUUAAAUUGGAUAAUUAAAUCUCUUUGUAGUUUA